AGCGUUCUUCCUUUCUCCUCGGACAAUGAUGGUCAACUUACCAGCCAACUUACCAGCCAAGCGGCAAGAAAAGUGUAAAGAUUUAGGCCGCAAUACCUAUGGCAUAGUGUACCCUGUGUACAGCAUCACUUCAAGAUGCGGGGCUAGUUACUCCGAGAUUUGAUCGGAGGAUGGUUGAUGGAGAUGAUCUUCCUACCUUUACUAUUAGGGACCUCCCUAGUCUCGAACCAGACGCAGAGCUGCCCAUAGGGCCGAAAAAGCUCCGUCAUCAAGAGCGUCUGGUUCGAGACUAGGAUCUCCCAGGAAAUCCUCCACUCCCUUCACGCAGUCGCCGCCUUCCCUUGCUUGAGAUGAGGCCACACCGCCCAUUCAACGACUGCGGUCCGAUGAUGAAGUGGACAUAGUCAUGUCAGGCUUAUUUGUCAUAAGCACCCAACCCUGUCCUGGAGGGAGUGCUCCUCGGGCACAAUGUCGACGGUGAUCCUCGGUCUUGCAUGCCUACCAGCAUUGUGGCCGCAACGCCGCCUCUUUUGAUCAAGAGCGCCUGUUUGGGAUUCAUACAGAGAGGCCCGUCGAGCGUUGAGAUCCGUUCGCAGCUUACAUACUAUUAUACAGCGAGGAUUCCUGUUAUUCGCCACAAGAUCCAAGUUGCAAUGUCAAGCUACUCGCCGUCUCUCACCGUACACUGGUUGGUAUGUUGUAGCGUAACAAACCUUGGUUCCGAUGAAUUGAACACCAUUCCUUCAUUGCAUAGCACAUGACAGUUUUCC